AUGAGCUUGGAGGGCGGCCACAGCGGCAGCGGGUGCCACCGGGCGGACAGCGGGGACGCCGAGCUGCCCCCGCAGCCUUCCCCGCCGCCGCCGCCGCCGCCGGGAGAGCCGGCCCGGGCCCCCGCGCCUCCGCGCUACCUGCCGCCGCUGCCCGCGCCCCCAGAGCGCGCCGCGGGGCCCGACGAGCCGCCGCCGGAGGUGGCCCCGCGGCGCCGGGGCGCGGACGAGCUGCCGCCGCCGCCUCUGCCGCUUCUUCCGCCCAUCGGGGAGGAGGUGUCGGCGGCCGGCGACGCUGGGGAAGGCGUCAGACGCCUCCCGGAGGCGGCGGCCCCCGAGGCGGCGGCGGGGAAGAGCGGUCCCGGGGAGCCCGAGGACGGCGCGGGCGAGGAGGGCGAACGGCGAGGCGCCGGCGGGCAGCCCGAGACACGCUCGGUGUGCAGCAGCCGCAGCAGCAGCAGCAGCGGCGACCAGCGCGCCGGGCACCAGCACCAACAGCCCAUCUGCAAGAUCUGCUUCCAGGGCGCCGAGCAGGGUGAGCUGUUGAACCCCUGCCGAUGCGACGGGUCAGUUCGGUAUACACAUCAGCUGUGCUUGCUGAAAUGGAUUAGUGAGAGAGGCUCCUGGACCUGCGAGCUGUGCUGUUACAGAUACCACGUCAUAGCAAUUAAAAUGAAGCAGCCUUGCCAGUGGCAAAGCAUUUCUAUAACACUGGUUGAGAAAGUUCAGAUGAUUGCUGUAAUCCUAGGAUCCCUGUUCUUAAUAGCAAGCGUGACUUGGCUUCUCUGGUCCGCCUUCAGCCCCUAUGCCGUGUGGCAGAGAAAGGACAUCCUUUUUCAGAUCUGCUAUGGAAUGUAUGGUUUUAUGGAUCUAGUGUGCAUAGGUCUCAUUGUCCAUGAAGGAGCUGCAGUUUACAGAGUGUUUAAACGCUGGAGAGCCGUUAACUUGCACUGGGAUGUCUUAAAUUAUGACAAAGCCACAGACAUUGAAGAAAGUAGCCGGGGAGAGUCUUCCACAAGUAGGACUUUAUGGUUGCCAUUGACGGCUCUGCGGAACAGAAAUUUGGUCCACCCAACGCAGCUCACCUCCCCAAGAUUUCAGUGUGGCUACGUAUUGUUACAUCUGUUCAAUAGGAUGAGGCCCCGUGAAGAUUUGUCAGAAGAUAACAGCUCGGGGGAGGUUGUGAUGAGAGUGACGUCAGUGUAGCAAAAGCAGAGUGCGGACCACCUAGCACGUUUUGGAAUGGGAUUGCGGUGAAUGGUGAAACCAUACCACUUCUGAAAAACACAUCUAUGAACUUUUUAAACUUUCUGCUUUUUAUAUGAACAUUUGAAUUGCAAAUACAUUUUUCUGAAUAAAAAAAGAGUCCUCUUGUUCUUGGUUUUUUGAUUUAUGACAUCUUUUAUAAGUUGGUACUUGAAAUCAUUAUAAUGUAUAAUUUAACUCUUCUUGGUUAAAAGAAUGAUGAAACUUAUCCUUGAGACCAAAACUAUU